AUGGCAGCUUCACGAGCCGUUGUGAGAGUUCCUGGAGCUCCCCUGCUGGAGCGAGCUUGCCUUCUCAUCGAAGCGUAUCGAGUCCAUUGGAGAGAUACCAUGGUUCGCGCUGACAAAAGCGGAGAUGAUGACCUGUACGGUGAAGCCGCUGGUCCUCUGUACGACUGCCGGGCGUUUCAAGGCGCCAUCGAUCCAGAACGGUUCGACAACGCAAUGAGGGAACACGGAGGGCAAACCAACGACGACCGCUUCUCGGAACAGGAUAGAAUUGCUGAACUUCUCUCAAUCCACAAAAACACGAAAGCACGAUUUGCUCUGGCAGAGGCGAUCCUUCUCGACCAGCAGACAAAGAAGACAGAGGAUCAAGAAAGAAAGACGAGGGGGUAUGAUGCCUUCCUUCGAUUCUUGUCAACCCCAGGAGUGGAUGACAAAUUCAUUGACGUAGCGGUAGAGGUGUGA